AUGAAUCCCCCUUCUUCGCCUCUCCCGAACCCGCCUUUCUCCUUCCCGGCUCAAGCGCCUUCUUCGACAGACACCAGCAGAGUUCCUAGCGGAAUACCCAGCAACAACAUGUCGAGCAGCUCGCGGCGCGGCAGACGGCAACCGCCUGCUUCUCUCCCUUCGUUCUCUUUCCCCCAGGCACCACCUGAGCCUGUCUCUUCUACAUCACCAACUACGGCAGCAGCAGCAGCAGGUAGUGCUCCUACAACAAAAUCAAUACCUACUGCUCCAGCUUCGCCUGUGCUGGUGGAGCCCGCUCACCUCAAUGCAAAGGGACACCGCCGUCAACCAAGUGAAUUCCUUGGUGAUGCUUCAUCCCAGGUAGUCAUCAGUAGUUCCAAGGCUACAGCUUCAACACUCCCACAUCCAGGUCCCGGACUUACCACUGGUCCCGGUAGAGGUGCCCGGAGACACGCCCACAGGAGGUCCCAGGCCAUCUCGAGCGUGGACCUGACUGCCGUAGCCAAGGCAUUUCCGCCAGUACCGGUCUCUGGAAGUGUCCCAACUUCGCCCAUCUUACCCUUUGCCAAUGACAAGAACUCAAAGCUUUCCUCGCGGUCGUUUCCAGAAAUGCACACUGCUCAGACCUCCCCGCAGCGGGCCGAACAGCAGCAGCAACAGCAAAAACUGCAAGUAUCUCCAACAAGACGUCCCUACAAGGAGGAGUCGAUAACUACUGCUCCCACUACUACUGCUUCAGAAGUAGCUCCAGUCUCUUGCCGUCCCCUUUCGACAAUAUCCUCUGAGAGUAGCGUGUCUACCGUGCGUCCCAACCAGAUCUUCUCAGACCGCUCCGGCUCUGGACAAAGAAGUGGCGCCAGUUCUCCCCUUCAUAACAGCAAUGAAGCUACAGCCAGACCAAAGACCGCGGGUGCCCAGUUGGCCAUGAAAUGGAAGCCCUUCGGCCCUUCAAGUGAUAACAAUGAACACACCAAACGGCCACUCUCAGCCUCCGCUUCAAUGGCCCUGAACUUCAGUCUAGGAAACGUCGGCAGAAGCCAGGACGCUGACAGGACUGCCUCCAACUCUUCGUCUUCUACUACUAACGCGCAAGCUGCUGCACCCUCAGACCAGGAUAUGGAAGACGCCGAGACCUCCACCUUGACUCAACGAACAGCGCACGAGCGCAAGCCGUCCAAGAAAGAAAAGAAAAAGCGCUCCUGGGCCGGCAUCCUCAUCCGCAAGGGGAAGAAACGCUCCUCAAAGAAGUCCCGCAAAUCCCCGACGCCUCCACCCAUGCUUACACGGACCAACUCUGAGCUCGGAUCCAUGUACAGCGUUGACUUUGACCAUGAUAACACUAUUGUCAUCCGCACUCCCACGGCCCAGAACGCUCCAAGAAGCCACCCCCAAUCCGGCGAACCGGCUACUUCCACGGACAACAGCUUGGAAAAAGCUUGGAAACCAAAGAGCUUCUACGAGCAGCAGAGUAACCCUGACAUCUUCAGCCCCGUAAUCGAUCUAGACGCCGCUCUAGGCCCAUUCAAUACCCCCGAAAUGGGGGCCGAGCGGAACAUUACCAGUGGUUUCAUGAUCGCCUCCAAGAGGAUGUACAGUGGUGGCCGUCGAGGUGAAUUCGUGGGCCCAGAGAUGCGGUACCACAGACGUGCGGAGAGUGCGCCGGAGAUGCCUCCCUUUGACCGCAGUUUCCUAGGUGCCUCUAGGUUUGGACUGUCGACUGCAAUGGAAAACCCGGACGUGUUUGACGAAGAAGAGGAAGACGCAUUUUUGGCCCAGAAUGACGACCAGGCUAAUCAGAAGAACGCCGAAUCGUCAGAGGCCGACGAUGACGCAGCUGAGAACGGCUCAUCCUCCUCCAGUGAAGAAGAAGAAGAAGACGAAGAGGAUAGUGAUGUUGAGGAAGCUGGCCUGGGUAUCCAGGUAGUCGACUCCAGCAACUUGCCCGACCUCUAUCCAGCUUCCGUCGAGAGCCGUCCCAGCACUGCCCAGGUUAUCACCCCUCGUACCCCUUACGCCCAUGCAAUUGAUUUUGAGUCUCAGUCCCAACGGAGCAACAGUAACAGCACUACCUACCACCACCCGGGAAGUAUCGGUAUCGUGGGCUCUGAUUCUGGCCAGGCUUCUCCUCGCAACUUUGACGAAAAGCGUCCCUCUACCUCCCCCGAAUUCAUCUACAACAUCUCUAAUGCUACGAACCUCACCCCCAUCCCUGCAAUAAUACCACCAGUGCCUAUGAUCCCACAGGCCUUUCCUUCCCCCGCUCCCUCAAGCACCUCCUUUGACGUACCUCGCCUAAACACCGCUUCAUCCUCCAUGACAGACCGUCAUCACAGCUCCGGAUCCGUUUACUCAGGCGAGCCGGGCUCAGACUACCUCCAAAACUCCUCCGAGGAUGUCCCGUCCCUAACCAGCUCUGCGUCGACAAUGACCGGAAACAUUCCCAGACUACCCAGCGCAAUCUACGGACGCAUCCCAGGUGACCGAGCUGCCUCGUUCUCUCACGUCCUACAACUCAACAGCGCCGCCAACAGCGCCAGCAGCAAUGGUCACAGUAACAACAACCGGCCCAGUUCAUCGAAACGUGCCAGUCUAGUUAGCUUCUCGCGUCUGGUUGGCGCCAACUCUGAGCGCAGCAAGCUAAGCCACGAGGAGAAAGCACCCAUGGACGAGUCUGAAAAGCGCAAGAAAAAGGGUCUCCGAAUCACCCGUCUAAUGCAGUUCUGGAAAGUCAAGGACAAACGAUAA